UCCAAUAGAUUUAGAUGCCUCUAAAUCGCUUACAGGGGGCUUCCAAAGAGAGGUAGCCGUGGAGAUUUGUUUCUGGACUACAAGCCCCAGAAUCCUUCAAGGAGCAUAGCCAGAGACAGCCUAUCUUGGGGAAUUCUGGGAGUUGUCGUUCACAGCCAUAAAUCUCCACAGCUCUAAGACGGCUGCCCCACCUGGAUUUCUGUCCUGUCGCCACUGGAAGCGCUUCCGCCCCUUUCCCCGGUGCUUGCCAAGAAGGGGAAGGGCACGUGACCUCCGCCCGGGGGAAGUGCCGUGGGAGUCGGGAGAGGUCUCCCUUGGCCCAUUGUCGGUGGGGUCGCUCUGUAGAAGUUCAUCUGCCUGUGAUCUUCCUUUCUCCUUUAACCCUUUUCCUCUCCUCCCAUCUACUUAGCAGCGGCUUCUUUGCAGUGGAGAACCCACCGUGACAGGACAUUUUCAUCCCUGCCUGGACCCACCUUUCAGGCUUGCUGUAUAUUUAAUCCUGCAGGAAGUUGUCUGGAAAAUGACUCACUGGUUUCAUCGAAACCCUUUAAAGGCUACAGCUCCUGUCUCAUUCAAUUACUAUGGGGUAGCCACUACUCCAGCAGCAACAAAGAUUUGCAAUGAUUUAAGGACAUCCAGAACAUGUCUUUUGGAACUUUUCACAGAUUUGAGUUGUAAUCCAGACAUGAUAAAAAAUGCAACUGACUCUUAUUUUUCCCUCUUGAAAGGCUUUAUAGCUUCACUGGAUGACUCUUCACAGGACAGCAAGCUGAGAUACAUUCAGAAUUUUAAGUGGACAGACACUUUGCAAGGUCAAGUACCAAGUUCCCAGCAGGACGCUGUGUUUGAACUCAUUUCAAUGGGGUUUAACGUGGCUUUGUGGUACACCAAGUAUGCAUCAAGGUUGGCAGGGAAAGAAGACAUCACAGAAGAUGAAGCUAAGGAUGUCCAUCGGAGUUUGAAAAUGGCAGCUGGAAUUUUCAGACACUUAAAGGAAAACCACAUCCCUAAACUGAUCACUCCUGUAGAAAAAGGAAGAGAUUUAGAAGCACGGUUGAUAGAUUGCUAUAUUAUCCAAUGCCAAGCUGAAGCUCAAGAAGUGACAAUUGCCCGAGCGAUUGAGCUGAAACAUAAUCCUGGUCUAAUAGCUGCUUUGGCCUAUGAAACAGCAAAUUUCUAUCAAAAAGCAGAUCAACUUUUAUCUACUUUGGAUCCGGCAUACUCAAUUAAAUGGCGAAAAUACCUACAGCUGAAAUCAUGUUUCUAUAUGGCCUAUGCCUAUUGCUACCAUGGCCAAACCCUCCUGGCCAGUGAUAAAUGUGGAGAAGCAAUUCGGUCAUUACAAGAAGCAGAAAAAUUUUUUGCGAAGGCAGAAGCAUUGUGUAAGGAAUAUGGUGAAACCAAAGGGCCUGGGACUACAGCUAAACCUUCUGGCCACCUUUUCUUCAGAAAAUUAGGAACACUGGUAAAAAAUACCUUAGACAAAUGCCAGCGAGAAAAUGGAUUCAUUUAUUUCCAGAAGAUUCCCCCAGAAGCCCCUCAGCUAGAGUUGAAGGCAAACUAUGGCCUAGUUGAGCCUAUUCCUUUUGAGUUCCCUGCCAUACAUGCCCACUGGACUCCAGAAUCUCUUGCUGCAUUUGAUCUCACGAAAAGGCCAAAGGAGGACAGUGCUAAACCAAAACCAGAGGAAGACGUGAAACCUAUGAAGGAGCCAGAUAUAAAGCCUCAGAAAGAUACAGGAUGCCAGAUUUCUUAAGAGCCUGCUAUAAAGGCUCAAAAAGACAUGGGGUGCCAGAUUUUUUUUAAAACUCCAUAAGUGCUUUGAACUACCCUUGUGAGCUGCGUUUUGUGAAAUCUGGGGAUUUAUUGCCUGCCCCAAUUGCUGAUUCUUCUGGAUUUCUUCAUCCUUAAAAAUAGAACGCAUUGCUUUUCAAGAUACCUAUCUUUGGCUCAGUUGUGUGGCUGCAUUUCAAGAGAAUCUUAUCAGGAAUGAAGAAAUUGAAAUGGACUGGAAAAAGUGUAUGAUCUCACUGUAGAAAGGGAACAUUUAAAUAAAUAGGCACUUGAUUAUGGAACAAAUGAUAACAAAUACAAGAGAUAAGAUGGAGGCAGUGCUGGGGAGAGGAAAAACACUGACCGAACAAGGGGAGUUCUGUGGAAACUUCUGUGUGAAAACAGGAUUACAAACAGAAGAAUGGAUAUUGUCCCAAUUUAAGAGGAAGGGAAUUGGGUCUGCAGUGGUAUCAGACUAAAAUGGUACAGUAUAAGGUAGAGAAAUGCAGUAUAGCAUCUUGCACACAUUUUGCUUUAGCAGAGGUAAAAUUGUUAGUGUCUUUCUGUUUAAAAGACUGCAAGAUAAAUACAAAUAAAUGAGGUUCUUUCAGGUCA